AUGGUUGAAUGCCUGAUCUGGACUAAAGGCAAAUUGAAUGAAAUUGAAGCUUUUGAAGGAAAAUCACCAUUAUUAUGGGGCUUUCAAUUAUUUUUAACAAAAAUAUUUGAUGAAUUAUGUCCAUAUUUAUUAGUGCACCGACCAGCAGCAAUAAUUAUUCAUUUUAACGUUCACAACUUCAUAAUGGGUAGUCUUCCAUCUCGAGCUCCGCGUUUAACUCCGCGCAUAAAUGACGAUGAUGACUAUCAAGUUGUAGAGAAAGACUAUGGUGAUCGAAAAGUCAUUUAUCAUAUACCUGUUGAAUACGCUGAUCAGUACGAUCUCGAUAAUGUAGAUGAGACGAUGUUUGAUCGGCCUGUUAAGCCCAGGAUAGCAAGAGUUAUGUAUAGACCGUACAAAACGAUUGAUACUAACGACUAUUACUACGAAUAUGAGCAACCAGAUUACGAAAGCGUCCAAAUGAUUUAUGUUUAUCAACGUCCUAUUCGUCAACCUGUCUACAUACUAGAAGAAGGCGAUCCGUCAAUAACUGCUCUGCCACCGAGUGCGAUAUCUCAAUCACAGCGACCGAUUAUCGAUCAACAGUCUCAGUAUAAGCCCAUUGUUAUUCGCCGUUAUUGA